CUCCCCAAACCCUCUCCUCGGCAUUUCCUCUCUCUCUCAGCCUGAUCCUGACUGCUGCCAUGUCGUACCCCUUGGAGAAGGCCCUGGAUGCGAUGGUGUUCACCUUCCACAAGUACUCGGGCAAAGAGGGCGACAAGUACAAGCUCAACAAAUCGGAGCUAAAGGAGCUGCUAACUCGGGAGCUGCCCAGCUUCCUGGGGAAAAGGACAGAUGAAGCUGCGUUCCAGAAGCUGAUGAGCAACUUGGACAGCAAUAGGGACAACGAGGUGGACUUCCAGGAGUACUGCGUCUUUCUAUCCUGCAUUGCCAUGAUGUGUAAUGAGUUCUUCGAAGGUUUCCCAGAUAAGGAGCCCCGAAAGAAAUGAAGGCUCCUCCCAUGGCAGGGGGUGUCUGCCAGCUGGGGUCUGCUCCUGCAGACACAUGUGGCAUGUUGAGCAAGCACAAUAAAGAUUCUUAGAAGCUCCGA